GCGGACGGCUUUUCCAAACCCUGGACAGCUGUGCAAUUUCUGAGGGUGUUUUUUAAAUAUAUAUGUACUCUCCGAUAAAAGAGGCAGGGUUGGGCUUCUUCUGUCUUCGGGAUCUCCCGUCGCCUCUGCCAAGGACGUCCAGCCAGGCUCGCUCUCCUUCCUGGUCUCUCUGCUCUUCUGCAAGAGAGAGCCCCCCGCGAUCACGCUGCCGAAGAAGCCCGGCGGAGAGCGGGGAAGAACUCUUUCCAAAUCGCCCAGACCUUAAGAACGUCGAACUUUAGGAUCCUCCUCAUCCUCCAGGGCAAAAAGACCCUCCUUCUUUGGCACGAUGGCUUCGGAGCAGGUCCACAUGGCAGCUCCCAUCUGCUUGAUUGAGAACAGACUCGAUGGGAAGCUUGUGGUGAACCGGAAGGCUGCGGAGGUGCUUGCAGGGGUCCGCCAGCCGGUGGUGGUGGUGGCCAUUGUGGGGCUGUACCGCACCGGCAAGUCCUACCUCAUGAACAGGCUGGCUGGCAAGAGAAAAGGUUUCUGUUUGGGUGCCACAGUACAGGCAUUAACCAAGGGCAUCUGGAUGUGGUGCCUCCCUCAUCCCUGCAGGCCUGAUGUCACACUGGUGUUGCUCGACACAGAGGGGUUGAGUGAUGUGGAGAAGGGAAGCACACAGAAUGAUUCAUGGAUCUUUGCACUGGCCAUUCUGCUCAGCAGCACCCUGGUGUAUAACAGUAUGGGCACCAUCGACCAACAUGCCUUGGAGAAGCUGCACUACGUUACAGAGCUGACAAAAAAUAUUAAAGCGAAAGCUUCCUCUGUGUAUUGCCAAGAGGAGGAGAAUUCUGCCGAAUUUGUCCGUUUCUUCCCAGACUUCAUCUGGGCGGUGCGGGAUUUCACACUACAGCUGGAGAUAGAAGGACGCAUUGUCAGUGAUGAUGGGUACCUGGAGAAUGCCUUGAAACUGCAGCAAGGUGAUAGUGAGGAAAUCCAGACGCGCAACAUGCCCAGGUCAUGUAUUCGCAACUUCUUUCCUUCGCGGAAAUGUUUCACGUUUGACCGUCCAGCGGGCAGGAAGAAGUUGUCUCGGCUGGAGGAGCUAGAAGACGAUGAUUUGGAGGAAGAUUUCUUGGAACCAGUGGCUCGUUUCUGCCAACACAUCUGGGAGAUGUCUCGAUCUAAGACGGUCCCAGGAGGUCGAGUUGUAACUGGAAGAAUGCUUGAGAACCUGAUGAAGACCUAUGUCGAUGCUAUCAACAGUGGGGAUGUGCCCUGCUUGGAGAAUGCAGUGCUGGCCCUGUCUGAGAUUGAGAACUCAGCUGCUGUGCAUGAGGCCAUUUACUUCUAUGAAGAACUGAUGGGGCAGCGGUUGAUGCUGCCUACGGGCACUGUUGAAGAGCUGCUGAUGGUGCAUGCUGACUGUGCGAAGGAGGCCACUGGCAUCUUCAUGGCCCGUGCCUUUGGCAACAUGCAGGUUAAAAAAUUUCAAGAGGAUCUUGAGCAUAAGCUGAAGCAGAAAAAAGAGGAGUUCUGCAAGAGGAACGAGCAAGUGUCCUUUGACCGCUGCCAGGCUGUGCUGAUGGAUCUUUCCCGGGAGCUGGAAGAUGGGAUCCCCAAGGGAAUUUAUUCUGUCCCUGGUGGCUACCAGCUUUAUCUGGGGAAACAGAAUGAAAUUGAGGAGAAAUACGGUUUGGUACCUGAGAAAGGAAUUCAGGCAGACAAAGCUCUUGAAGAGUUCCUGAAAUCCAAGGAGACAGUGGCAAGAUCUAUCCUUCAGAUGGACAAGACCCUGACUGACAAAGAGAAGGAAAUUGAAGCCCAGCAUGCUCAGGCUGAAGCAGCCCAACUGCAGCAGAAGCUGUUGGAGCAGGAACAGGCCAACCUGAAACAAAUGAUGGAGGAUGAAAAGCGUAGCCAUGCUGAGCAGGUCCAGCUGCUGAAGGAGAAGAUGGAGGAAGAGAGGAGGCUGAUGGAAGAGGAAACGGAAAGGAUGAUACAGCAUAAACUCAAGGAACAAGAGGAACUGCUGAAAGAGGGAUUUCAGCAGAAAGCCAGUAAGAUGGAAAGUGAAAUCCAGCAUCUCAAGGAAGAAAAGAAAGACUCAGUCUCUGCACGUGUGUUAUCUAUAGUAGAAAAAGUGAUCCCUCCUGUUUUAUCUAUGGCCUCGCAGGCUCUUCAGUAUAACAUGCUUUCCAAUGUUGUAAACCCACCAAAGAGUGCAAGGAGUCGACCAAAGAGUUCAAAGAAAUAGUUCCAACAUGGGAAGAAUUAGGUUUCAGGGUUGCAUUUGUGUGUAUUCUUAGACAUGCUUAAACAAAUAAGGAACAGUGAGAGUUGCAUCUGUGUCUCUGCCACUGACAUUUACUUAGGAUGAAGAUAAACACAGAAUUAUAAGGAGUUACCACGGUUGAGGUUUAGGAAUAUUGGCUUACCUGAGACCCCCUUGCAGUACAAGCCUGUCUACCUUUCUCCUGGGUCUGCAAAAGAAGAGAUGUAUCAGGUCAGCCAUGAUUCUUGACCUUCAUGCUUCAGGUGACUGCUUGAGUGCAAAUGGAGACGAACUCCCGACGGCUGUGGUCUUGCACUUGUGAAGAUCUCUACCAAGCUCUAUGUGAAGGCGGUGAGGGCAGCGAAGAAGCAGUACUUUGCUGCCUCUAUUCAGUCAUCUUCUAACCGCCCAGCGGAACUUUAUAAGGUUGUUCGGGGACUUUUACACUCUGGUCCUCAGAACGCAAUAAUACCAUCAAUAGCCCGCUGUAAUGAGUUUGCGAGACACUUCCAAGAUAAGAUCACAAACAUCCGCCGGGACCUUGACUCCAAUAUUGUAGCAGUUGAGCCUAAUGAGGUGUCCAGAGCACAGUCCUGUCCUGUUUUAUUGGAUGAAUUUCAGUUGGUUCAGCUCGAGGACGUGGACAAGGUGCUUGGACAGGUGCGGGCGACCACUUCUGCUCUGGAUCCUUGCCCCUCAUGGCUAAUAAAAGCUAGCAGGAACGGAACAGCCGGAUGGGCCAAGGAGGUGAUCAAUGCCUCUUUACGAGAGGGAGUGGUACCACCCUGCCUGAAACAGGCGGUGGUGAGACCGCUCCUAAAGAAACCCUCCUUGGACCCUGAAAAUC